UGUAGACUAUUCACACUACUUGUACUUGGCACCAGUGCAGUGCAGGCAGUCUCUCUGUGCAGUGUGGGGGUCAAUUAACAAUAAUAAAUCAGGCAGCUAAAGAAAUGCAAUCCAGUGGGAAGAGAAUAUCAGCUUACGCCGUUUUUAAGGCAAAGCAGAAUGCUACACCAAAGAAAGAAGUCCGAGGCAAGGUUCAGAAGCCUGAGGCGUCCACCCCCAUCGCUGGUCUCAUCAGACAGGGCCAGGGUAAGCUGAAGAAGCUUAGAGAAUCUGCUCGCUCCAAGAAGACCAAGAAAGCUGUCAAGAGGUCAGAGGGCACAGUUGGAAGGUUGCAAGCAGAUAAUAUGGACGUCAAUGAUGAUGACAGACCUUCUUCUAGGUUAUCAAGUCGAACAAGGCCUACACGAACUGAGGCAGCGGAUUCCAAGCCCAGAGGAAGUAGUCAGAAAAAGCGUAAAUCACCUUAUACUACAACCCCAGACAAGGGAGGAAGAAAAAAGGUCACACCCACCUUGCAACCAACAGAACCAAUUGCAAAACGUCUCAAGUACCAGGAGAGUGGGAACGAGAGCACCAUAGCUGGCCCAUCAUCCAGUGUAUCAGAUAACUCGCUGAAGAGAGACAGUCAUCAACAUGGAAAAGAUGUCUUCUCGUGGCUCAUAUCACCUUUCAAGGUUGAAGACUAUUUCAAAAAUAUAUUUGAAAGGAAACCCCUGUUCUUGAAGAGACAUAAACCCGGCUAUUUUACAGACAUUUUCAGCUCAAAAGAACUCAGUAAUAUUCUUAAAGAGAAUGAUGUGCAGUUCACUCGGAAUAUUGAUGUCACCACAUACACAGAUGGAAAGAGAGAGACACACAACCCAACAGGCAGGGCGCAACCUCAAGUAGUGUGGGACUACUAUAACAAUGGUUGUUCAGUGAGAGUCCUAAAUCCUCAAUCAUAUUCUACCAGAGUAUGGCAACUCUUAGCAGCGCUUCAGGAGUUCUUUGGUUGUUUUGUAGGAGCGAACAUUUACCUAACUCCUCCAGGCACACAAGGGUUUGCACCUCACUAUGAUGACAUAGAGGCCUUUGUGCUUCAACUAGAAGGCAAGAAACAUUGGAAGCUGUAUAACCAGAGGUCACCAGCUGAAGUACUUCCUAGGUUCUCUAGCUCAAACUUCACUGAUGCUGAUAUUGGUCAGCCAAUCUUAGACACAACCCUAGAGCCAGGAGAUCUUCUCUACUUCCCAAGAGGAGUCGUCCAUCAAGCAAGCACUCCCUCCGAGACCCACUCUCUUCAUAUCACGAUAUCAGCAUGUCAGAAGAACACAUGGGGUGACUUGAUGGAGCAUGUCCUAACCAGAGCACUCCAUGUCGUUAGAGAGGAGAACAUUGAUUUCAGGAAGUCUCUACCUACCGAUUACCUCAACUAUAUGGGUGUGGCUCAUGAGGAUCUGGAUGAUGAGAGGAGACAACCAUUCAUGAAAAAGAUUGGUGACCUGUUCUCAAAGCUACUAAAAUCUGCUCCUAUAGAUGCUGCAGCGGAUCAGAUGUCUUUAGAAUUCUUCCACACCAGUCUUCCCCCUGUACUUGAAGAAGCUGAGGAAUCCUGCAGUGUUUUUGGUGAGAGCGCAUCCUGCAGGAAUGGCAAAGUAUCAGGCAUCGUCCAGCUUGGUGAAGACGACCAGAUAAGGCUACUGAGGAGGAACAUCCUUAGACUAGUCCCUGAAGAAGACAAGGUCCUGGUCUAUCAUUCAUUAGAAAACUCCAGGGUGUUCAAAGAAAAGGAGCUUCAGUAUUUUGAGAUACCUCCAGAGCUUGCACCAGCUGUAGAACAUCUCCUCCACAGCUAUCCUGACUAUGUACCUGUGAGCAACCUGGCUGAUCAGUUACAACCUGUAAAUGACGAGAUAGCUGAUCCAGAGGACCUUGCACAGACCCUGUAUGAAAAGGGUUUACUGAUGACCAAAUUCAAGUUGGAACCUUCAGUGUCAUCAAGCUCAGAUGGUCACAGAGAAGUGACUAUUCACCAGUCCAGAUAGUUG